UUUUUGUGCAAAAUAGUCCGUCGGUAUUUCGGGCUCGCUUUUCCAACCGUGCGUGAAACCGUGCGUUCCGUGCGUUCCGUGCGUUCGCGGGGGAAAGCUUCGUGCAACCACCGUGCACGGUUUCCGUUCGCGUCACGAAGUUUGUUUCUGUUGCCCAGUGAUUCUUGUGUGUUGUGUCUUCGAUGGAAGAAAGUGGUUCUAGUGCGACGGAAGCGGCACCUCAGAGCAAUGGAUCCACCGAGACGGGCGAACCGCCCGCAGUUGCCAACGGUGGGUCCGUUAGGCCACCGACAGCCUCCGGAAUUCAGCCACCGAAGGUACGCGCGAUCGCGAAACCAUCCGGUAUUAAGCCUCCAUCGGCCAACUUUGGCGGUUCCACUACGUCGCUGGCCAGCACCAGUUCGCAACUGACGACUGCAUCCGCCGCCACCGGCACCGGAACGGCCACGGUGCCCUCUUCCGGCACGCGAAUCGGUCGGCUGUGUCUGGCACACGGCACACCGAAGGCCGGCCCACCACCGCCGGAACCGAAAUACCAGGGAGCCGUUCUGACGAGUGAUACGGACAGUUUCAUCAUCGGGCAGCGCGUCUGGGUCGGCGGGGUCCGCCCGGGACAGAUUGCCUACAUCGGCGAGACGCACUUUGCACCGGGCGAAUGGGCCGGCGUGGUGCUGGACGAGCCGAACGGCAAGAACGAUGGUUCGGUGGCCGGUAAACGCUACUUUCAGUGCGAGGCGAAGAAGGGUGUCUUCUCCCGGCUGACGCGCCUCACCCGCGAGCAGCUGGCCGGUGGUGGUGGUGGUGGUGGCGGCGCUGACUCGACCGCCAGCACGCCGCUCGAUGCGAGCUUCCGCUCGCUGACGUCACCGGCCCGCUCCGGAACCGUUUCGCCGACGCACAGUGUCCAGAGCUACGCCAGCAAGUCACCGGCCGUCGCUGGAAAAGCAGCAUCACUGAACGUAGGCGAUCGCGUGAUCGUCUCAUCCGGAUUCGGGUCCCGGCCGGGAAUGCUGAAGUACCUCGGUGAGACCAAGUUCGCCAGCGGAACCUGGUGUGGCGUGCAGCUGGAUGAUGCGAGCGGCAAGAACGAUGGUACCGUCGACGGUGUUAGAUACUUCGAGUGUCCGGCCAAGUGCGGCAUCUUCGUGCCGAUCGCCAAGGUUACCCUGUCACCGUCCGCCCGCAAGACGUCCGCCCGGCUGUCGCGCGCCAACUCGAAGGAAUCACUCAACUCGCUGGCCACCAUGAGCUCGAUUGCGACCACGGCCACGUCCCGGCUUCGCAUGAGCGCACAGAGGAAAUCAUCGGCCGCUGCUACCGCCGUACCGUCGACGCCGAAGGCUUCCUUUUCGCUUCAGGAUGUGCUGCGGGAGAAGCAGAACCACAUCGAGCAGCUUAUGCAGGAGCGGGAAAUCGAUCGCGAGGAAAGCGCCAAUCAGAGCAUAAUGUACCAGAAAAACAUUCAACAGCGCGACACCACCGACGGUGAGAUAGGACGCUGGGCCGAGCUGGUGCGACGACGCGCCCUUCGCAUUGCUGAUCUGCGCCGCGAGUUUCAGGGAUGGCACGGUAACCACGAGCGACACUGCAUCCUUCACGACGUCCUGCUGGCCUAGGAUUGCAACUCCUGCACGGUUCCGUCGGGCAAAACUGUUCGAUCCGUUUAUCCGGGCUGUGGACGUCGCGAAUCAACCAUUCGCCGGAUUGGCCGAGACUAAAUAAAACAGAGUUGGUUCUUCCGUGUCCGAUUAAUAAUUCAUGCUUCCUUCCGGAAUGGGCUACUCCGAGCAGCGAGUAACUCCUUCGAGGGACUGUUUGUUAAGAAACUAGGUUAAGAAUGGUUUUUCUGACAGAGAGAGAGAGAGAGAGUGAGUGAAGAGUGAGCGAGAAAAAGGCGUUAACUGUUAUGGUGACAUUUUAUAAAUGCGACAAUU